UUCAUUUUCCAAUUUGUUUUUUUUUUUCCAAUUAUUAGUGAAAUGUCAAAAAAUACGAAAAAUGGAAGUGAAAGGAGUUACGAUAAUCCAGCUUUUGAAACAACCAAUGAAAGAAAUAUUGAAAUAUCUGAUAAUGAACACAAUGAAUCACGUGUUUCCGAUUUAAAAGAUUUAGAAAAAGCUCAGGAAAAUGAAAGUCAAGGAUCUUGGAACAAUAGUAUAGAAUUUUUAAUGUCUUGCAUUGCCAUGUCUAUAGGUUUUGGUAAUAUUUGGAGAUUUCCAUUUACCGCAUAUAAAAAUGGUGGUGGUGCAUUUUUAAUACCAUACGUUAUAUUGUUAUUUCUCGUUGGAAAACCAUUUUAUUUUAUGGAAAUGAUAAUGGGACAAUUUUCUGGACGUUCAUCUAUACGUGUUUGGAAUGUUUCACCUGCUUUUGUUGGUGUCGGUUGGGCUCAGUUCUCUUCGACAAUAAUUUUAGCAACUUAUUAUAGUUCGUUGAUGGCUUUAACACUUUUUUAUUUGAUCUCAUCAUUUUCCGCCGAAUUACCAUGGUCAAAAUGUCUCGAAGAAUGGAAAGAUUUUUGUAUAGAUUCCUCGAGUAAAAAAGAAAGUAGAAUGAUGAUCAAUGAUACGUUAUUUUUAAAAAAAAACGAUACCUUGUAUAAAAUCGAUAGUAAUUUGAGUGAAAAACCUGUUUAUAGAAGCUCUGCUGAACUAUACUUUUUAAAAUCAGUAUUACACGAGAAAGAUAGCAUAGACGAUGGAAUCGGAUUACCAGAUUGGAAAUUAACACUUUGCUUGUUUGGAUGUUGGUUUUCCGUUUGCGUAAUACUUUUCCAAGGUGUUAAAAGUACUGGAAGGGCAUCAUAUUUUCUAGCAAUCUUUCCAUAUAUAGUAUUAAUAGCCUUGUUAAUACGUUCAGUAACAUUGGAUGGUGCUGCCGAGGGUAUACUUUUUUUUGUUGAACCACAAUGGGAAAUGUUGUUGAAACCUGAAGUUUGGUAUGCCGCUGUUACCCAAUGUUUUUUCUCUCUAUCUGUUUGUUUUGGUGCAAUUGUCACGUAUUCCGCACAAAAUGGAUUCAAACAUAACAUUUACAGAGAUGCAAUGAUCAUUACAACAUUGGAUACAUUUACCAGCAUGAUCGCAGGUUGUGCAAUAUUUGGAAUCCUUGGUAACCUUGCUUACGAGAUGAAUAUUAAUGAUGUAGGUUCAGUAGUAAAAGAUGGCACUGGUCUGGCAUUCAUUUCUUAUCCUGAUGCAAUAGCUAAAUUCGAUGUUGUUCCUCAGUUAUUUUCCGUUCUCUUCUUCGUGAUGAUGUUUGUUCUUGGGAUUGGUAGUUGCGUUGGUAUGACAUCGAGUCUUUUUGUUAUCCUUUAUGAACAAUUUCCUAAAUUGAAACCAUGGCAAAUUGUCGUACCAUUGUGUUGUUUUGGAUUUUUAAUUGGAAUUGUAUACGUCACACCGGGUGGACAAUGGGUUCUUGUUUUAGCAGAUUAUUAUGGUACUUCUUUCGUUGUAUUCAUUUUAGCUUCUUUUGAAAUGAUUGGUAUCAUUCAUGUAUAUGGAUUCGAAAACUUCAUCGAUGAUAUUGAAUUCAUGUUGGAUAUGAAAAUAACUGUAUUUUGGAGAGUAUGUUGGUUUGGAAUAACACCCGUUAUACUGAUCGUCAUUUUCUUAUACACUGUCGCAAAUAUGUCGCCAUUGGUUUACGCUGGCAAAUCAUUUCCAAUUGGUGCUCAUGCCGUUGGUGUGAUAAUACUUUGUAUGGGUAUUUUACAAAUACCAAUUUGGAUGCUGUUGGCUAUACUCAAAAAUAAACACUUACCAUUAAAAGAAAGAAUUAAAAAAGCUUUUCAACCAACAUCACAAUGGGGACCGAAAGAAAUGAAAUAUCGUAAAGAAUGGUUAAUAUUCAAAGAAGACAAAAUGAAGAUUAGAAAUAAGAGACAACGAUCGAGAUGGUCGCAAACUAUUCGACUUAUUUUUGGUUUGGAACCAUAAUAGACAAUAUUUAGGGG